AUGUCUUUGAUAAUAAGAUAUGUGGAUGUUUCUUCAACUUCUAUUAGCAUUGAGGAAUCAUUUUUAGGAUUUUUGAAUGUGAAUGAUACAACUGGUCAAGGGCUUUUUGAUGUUUUACAAAAUGAAUUGAAAGAACUUGGUCUCGACCUAUUUGAUGUAAGAGGACAAGGUUAUGAUAAUGGGUCAAAUAUGAAAGGAAAACAUCAAGGUGUACAAAAGCGAUUUUUAGACAUAAAUCCAAGAGCUUUUUAUACUCCUUGUGGUUGUCAUAGUCUUAAUUUGACAUUGUGUGAUAUGGCUAACUCUUGUAAUAAAGCUAGGAAUUUUUUUGGAGUUGUUCAACGCAUUUACACAAUUUUUGCUAAUUCAACAAAGAGAUGGCAAAUUUUGAAAGAUAAUGUAAAAGGGUUGACUCCAAAAUCAUUAUCAUCCACUCGUUGGGAAAGUCGUGUUGAAAGUGUCAAAGCUAUAAGAACUCAAAUGUCAGAUUUUACAGAAGCUUUACUUGAAGUGUCAGAACAUGAUCUCGAUCCUAAGAUACAAAAUGAAGCUAAAUCCUUAGCAACUAAUGAGCUUGGUGAUUUUGAAUUUUUGAUGGCUAUAAUUAUUUGGUUUGAAAUAUUAUCUGCAAUUAAUUUUGUUAGCAAGCUUUUACAGGAAAAUGAUAUGCUUAUUGAUGUUGCUAUGGAAAAAAUAAAGGAGUUGAUUUCAUUUUUUGAAGGAUAUAGAGAAACAGGUUUUCAUAAGGCAUUGGUUAAUGCUAAGGAAAUUGCGGUUGAAUUGAAUAUCGCUCCAAUAUUUCCUCAAAGGCGUAUAAUUAAAAGAAAAAGACAGUUUGAUGAGAAUUUGAAUACACCAGCAGUCGAGCUAUCUGAAGAGGAAUCUUUCAGGGUUAAUUAUUUUCUUUACCUUGUUGAUCAAGCUGUUGUUUCUCUUAAUAAGAGAUUUGAGCAAUACCAAGAGUAUGAAAUUGCUUCUGCAGAAAGAAGCUUUUCAAAAUUAAAGUUGUUAAAGACUUACUUGCGGUCUACCAUGUCACAAGAAAGACUUAACGGAUUGGCGUUGAUAGCAGUUGAAAAUGAUCUUUUGGAGACAGUAAAAUAUGAGGAUUUGGUUGAUGAAUUUGCUUCAAAAAGUGUUAGGAGGAAGGCUCUUUUUAAGUAG